CGGGUUAUGAGAAGUGAACAUCACUUUGUCGUAUUUAUAUUUUGCGCGUUCGGCUUUUCUUUUCUCUUCUUUCCUCCCUCUUUCUUUUUACUUUUCAAGUCUUUUUUCCUCUCAGCAGCAAAUCAUGGCAUUUGAGCUUGUCCGUUUCUCGGGUUCUACUCUGGAGCCCAGUUCAGAACCCAUCAUGUUGUAUGAGCCCCACUUUUAUGAAAAGGGAGCAGGAAGAUCGUUACAUAUCGAAUUGGUACCAACAAGACCUACACCGCCUUUGAACCGAAAAGACAAACCACCACCUAUUAUUAUACCCCAAUUCAAUGCCGAAGACCCUCUACUGUGCCGUAACGAGGAUGACUAUUCAGCGUGGUCAUGCCAUCCACAAGACGAUCCGUUACUACUCGAAAAGACCGGGAAAAACAACGUCAUCCUAGACGCACCAGAAGAAGACGAUUCCUCCACCACAGCCGGUGCUGGUACAUCGAAUCAUGAAAUGUUUUGGGAUACUCCCACCUCUAUCACCACUUUGAAUCAAACAUCAUAAUGCAUGGAAUACAAAAGAAAAGAAAAACCGGCUUGCUUUCAUACUGUAAAUAAGAUUCUAUAUUUCAGCAUUUAUACCCCCUCCAUUGACUCUCGUUGCCAAGUUGCCACUAGAACAACAACAACAACAACAACAACAACAAUAACAGCCAAAUACUAUUACUACUACUACUACUACUACGAGAACGAUGUUUAUGGUUGUUUUUUUUUUUUUAUCUAUGUUAUGCA